UUAUUAUAUAUAAAAAUAAUUAAGAAAUUCACUCAAAAUGUUGGCCACUACUGAAAAUAUUAAUUAUGAUGAAAUUGUUAAAAAAUCAAAUUACAAGUUUAAUUUACCUAUCGAAGAGCUAAUCAAUAACUCCAAAGCCACUCAACGAGAAAAACGAAACAAGAAACAAGUCAUUCCACGUCCUCCAAACGCGUAUAUGAUUUACAGAAGGAAUAAAGCGGAAAGUCCUGAUAUAAAAUCUUCAGGUCAAUCAUCUUCUAGUAAAUCGAUAUUAAUUGCAGAUAUGUGGAAGAACGAAACAGACAAAAAUAAACAAUUAUUCUUUAUUCUAUCAAUGCUAGCAGAAAAAAAUUGUCCAAAAGAUCUUAAAUAUGUACAGAAAAAACCCUCUAAUACUUCAAAAUCUUCCAAAACUUCUUCAAAUUUUAUAUUGUCAAAAUUGUAAAAAUUUUGAUUUUUUCAUUUUUUCUUUCUGUAGUUAAAAUUUUUAUAUAAUUCUUUUUUUUUUUUUU